AUGCCAUUCAGUGGUGUGGUCUUCUACAGAGGAUCGCCCUCCACUUCGGCCACGGCCUUUGCCAUGCAGCCGUGGCGCCGCUGCGGGUCGGGCUUCCGCGUGGAAGAGGUCUUCGCCGCAGCAGCGCUCCUCUUCUCCGGGAACUGCGACAGGACGUUGCAUCCCUUCUGUGCUGUGUUGCUGCGGGCCGCUCGCUGGUACGAUGGAUCUGUCCGCAAAGUUCGAGACAGUGAAGCAGUUGCCAAUACUCCGGCGGGUGCCUAUGCGCGGCGACAGCUUUUCUCCUUGCUGCUGGAGCUGCAGGAACAGAUCAAGCAGGUUAAGCAGACUUCCCCGCAGCUUUUUGCCCACAGGGCCAAAGGCAGUCCUGUGGCAAAGUUCACGGUCUGCUACUCUGAAAUCCUGUACCAGGCAUCUCCGCGACCCCGCAGCGCUAACGUGCAGGCUUUCUGCCGCGGGAAGGUCGCAGCCCAGGCCGAGGCGGUGGAGUUGUGCAGAGAAGGCCUGAUGGCUGUCAGCUCACAGCUGACUGCCCACUUCGCACAAGAGUUCACCAACCUGAGUUCCACGCUGGAGCUGAAGGUCAGUGAGGCUUUGGCCGACCAUGCGAGGAUGGCCGACCGGAAGAUGGAGUCGCUCAUCGAAGCCUUGCAGAACCAACGUGCGCGCAGCGAGAGCCCAAAGCGGAACUACUUCGCUGGACUGGCAGAAGAUGGACGGCAGUUGGAGGCCAACAAGAGGCUGGUCAAGCGACGGGACGAGCAGAUCACGCAGAUGAUGCUACUGCUCGAGAAGGUUGAGACGCGGUCGCGGUCACUGGAGCGAUUUCCGGACUUGGAAGCGAUUCUCAGCCAGGCCCAGGAGAAGGUGGAAGGGAUGGACUCCUACAUUCGUGUGGCGCUGCAUUCCGUCCACGAUCUCUCGCCGAAGGUAUCGUCACCUCGAUCGAUGACUGGUGCUGGACUUGACUCACAGUCGCUACAAGAAUUUCGAAAAUUGCGCGACGGCACGGACACGACCGUGCAGUAA